UUGCUUCCAUGAGUUUGCGUGUAACCUGUGUCUUGUCAUAAAAUUGUUCCCAUCCGUGUGAAAAGUGGUUUUGCCUUUUGGGGUAUUUCGGGUUCGCCCAAACAGAAACGACGUCGUAUUACGCUGUCUUGUUUCCGGCGAAGCGCCGGGUUGUUGGUAAGGAGCGUGAGCUGGCGGGAGCUCACAGAAGCAAGUGAAGGACCCCCGUAGGGCGUUUCUGAAGUGUGACCCACGCGCACGGUCAGGGGGGGAAGAAAACGGAAGGGAAUAAGGAGAGCCUCAGCCCCUAGAAUAGAAUUCUAAACCGGUGCGGCGCUGCUGGAUACUUCUGAUCUACAGGAAGAGGAGUCAACAAAAAAGAAAGGCCGCAAAAAGUUUUUUGAAUCAGAGACAUGGAUGGAGGAGGAGAAACAGUGAAUGUAAAGAAGUGGACAGUGUUCUACCCAGUUUACAUAAACUCGAAGAAAACAGUGGCGGACGGGAGGCGGAUAAGCCUCACCAACGCAUGCGAAAAUCCCACUUGCGUCGAGAUCUCCGAUUGCUGCGCCCAUCUCAAGCUCCCUAAUGCUGUUGAGAUAGAUAAGGCUUAUCCGCGCGAUUUCAUGCAAGUAGGGAGAGUGAGGGUAUUGCUGAAAAGGGAGGAUGGGACUCUGUGCAAUCCAGCCAUUUCUUCCAGAAAACAGCUGAUGCUCCGUGUUGCUGAGUUGGUACCUCGGCAUCCUGGGAGGACUAAGAAGCAAGAGCCUGCAUCCUCAUCAACUGCUGGACCUUCCAAAUCCGGAAAGGGUGGAAGAAAGAAGAGAUAGAUGCAAUAUGGUUUUCAAUUCCUACAAACACUAGCGCCAAAAAAAGAGUCAAUACUGUGACUGCUAAUAAGAAUUUUCCUUUUGACAUCCAAGGCCCUGGGGGCAAGCAUACAGUGCUGUUAAAUAGGGUAUCGAUGGAUUGAGAGAAAGCAGUUAAACUUUAGAACCUUUUAUUUGGUUUAUGAUUCCAAUCAUUUUGGUUAUUUAUUGAAUUUGAAUUAUAGCUAAAAGCAAUUGAGCUUGAUUCAAUUUAAACUUGGGUCUCAUUGUUUUGGAAGCACUUAGCGAGACAAGUGUUCCCAAGUAAGGGGGUCAAAAUUCUCUACAACUAUUUGUUCCUAAUUAUUGCUUUUAAAUUAAAUGCUUGUGAUUUUGUUA